AUUUUCUACAAAAUAUAAUAAUUCCAAUCUUUUUCAUCAUAACAACAAAACGCCAUCCUCUUUUCAUUCACACCAUAGCUUGCCUAUUGUAAUAAUUUUAACACAUGGAGAUGUCAUCUUGAAUAUUUAUAAUCUCGAUCUACCCUAUCUGUCCUAGGCUUUGAUACCAAAUCGUGGUCCGUCGUUUAUUGUGGCGACGCACAUUUGAUACCUUCCCUUCCCCUUUAACCAUCGCGAACCUGUCUAGGUAUUCGCUCACCGCCACCUAAGAACUCGACAAAAGCGCAAAAAUGGGUGGCCUCAAAGAUGUCCUCUAUUUUAUGUUCCAUCCUAAUCAACUUCGGUCAAUUGUACAAUGGAAACUCUGGCAUGAACCAGUCCACAGUCGCGAUCCCUCCAAGGAGGCACCUACUUUAAAAUCAUGCUUUCACUUUCUAAACAUGACGAGCCGCAGCUUCGCCACUGUCAUCCAGGAGUUGCAACCAGAAAUGCUUGUACCUAUUGCCCUCUUCUACCUUGUCCUGAGAGGGCUAGAUACCAUCGAAGACGACAUGACGCUUUCAGCAAAGACUAAAGAACCCAUGUUGCGCGAGUUUUCCAAAUAUUUGAAGAUGGAUGGUUGGACCUUCAACGGUAGCGGGCCUAACGAGAAGGAUCGCGAACUACUUGUCCAUUUCGAUGAUGUAGUCGCAGAACUGAAGAAGAUCGAUAAGAAAUACUACGAUGUCAUCGAAGACAUCACCAUCAAGAUGGGUAACGGCAUGGCUGAUUACGCCCUGAACGCCGAAUUCCAAGAAGGCGUCAAGACGGUUCCCGAAUAUGAGGAGUACUGUCACUACGUCGCUGGACUGGUUGGAGAGGGUCUGACGCGUAUUUUUGUCCAAGGCAACACGGCCAAUCCUGCACUACUUGACCGCAUGGAGCUUUCUGAGAGUAUGGGACAAUUCCUGCAAAAAACUAACAUUAUUCGUGAUGUUCACGAAGACUUCGAAGAUAAGCGGAGAUUCUGGCCCAAGGACAUAUGGAGCAAGUACGUCGAAAAAUGGGAGGAUAUGUUCGACCCCAAGUACCGCACGCAGGCCCUAAACUGCAAUUCCGAGAUGGUUCUGAAUGCGCUGAAGCAUGCGGACGAAUGCUUGUUCUACAUGGCCGGGAUUAAGGAGCAGAGUGUCUUCAAUUUCGUCGCAAUUCCGCAAACAAUGGCUAUCGCUACACUCGAGCUUGUCUUCCAGAACCCUAAGAUCUUCUAUAGCCACAUCAAGAUCACCAAGGGCGAUGCAUGCCACCUAAUGAUGCAAUCAACGCAGAACCUCCGGGUGGUGUGUGAUGUAUUCAAGACAUACGCGAGGAGGAUAGCGAAGAAGAAUGACCCGAGAGAUCCGCAUUACCUUGAAAUCAGCGUGGCUUGUGGCAAGAUUGAGCAAUUCAUCGAAACCCUCUUCCCAACACAAGACCCAAAGAAACUACAAGCUGUGCAGGAUGCGCAGGGACAGGACAACGACCAGAGCCAGAACGAUUUCUGGGAAGCUCUAUUAUUAGUCGCUGCCGUCGUCUUCGUGCUUGUGUUUGUAUCUGGUAUGAUGCUCGGUAUCGCAUGGUACUUCGGGGCAAGGUUCGAUGCCAUGUGGGACAAAGAAGCUGCUUCUACCCUCAAGGCCGCCAAGGCCGCAGUAACGCCCACCCUAACUCCCCUGGUUCACGAGGAAUUAUAGUGUACCUGGUAGGCACAUCGGGUUUUCAUGUUUGCAUGGCGUCAUCGAGGAUAUAUACUUAACGCGAGUUGUGUCAACAACAGGAUUACUAAUGAAGAGUAGCUGGUUACGCUGUCAUGUUUGGAGGGAUCAAACAUGGCGAAUGUUCUACGAGUUUUGUUACGCCCCUGAUAGAAUUCUUACUAAUACAGACUAAUGGAUACUAUUCAAAUGCAUAGAUUGUACUAUGCCAGUCUCACGCUACCUGAGUGACGACCUCAGAAUUCAAGGAAAUUGAAGAACAAGCACGGAUGUCAAAUUACAGUUCAGUCUAUUUCAAUGACUGCGACUGUGCCGAGAAGUGCUGAUAUUAAACCAAACAUGACGAGGAGUACCGAGUCCAACUUGGCUCGCAGGCACACGGCUGGCUUUUGAACUUGAUCAAUGUCAAGAGAAAGUUCCCUGUCGUGGAUCGUCAACAUACUGCCGACUGAUAUGUAAUUUGAUAUUACAAGCCAAAAAGAAAUACGUUGAACAAUCACCACUCAAAGGAGUUGACCCAUCCCGCUAGGAUACUUGCCGUUGGUAUUGGAGAUUAAAGAAACUCAUCUAUAUGUAAAUUGUAAUUAGAGGGGAAGAAAAGUAAUGCGGAAAUGUGAAUGCUAUUUGUUAGUUCCUCGGACCAGG